UGGUUCAUGUCUGUGUCACGUUUGACACUGAGUCCCUGUAGCUGUUUUUUUGCAAAGGAAUGUUGCUGCUACAUCGCUGUCGGGAUGGAGGUCUGACAGAUGUUUAGAGAAAAAGAUGCUGGGGCUUCAAUUUCUUAUCUUAUUAAAUAACCAUGAUGCUCAGAACAACAUGGUAGUUACCUUCACUUCUAACUGGCAAGAAAGAAGAGUCAGUAUUUAGUGAUUAAGCAUCAUAUUGGCUUCCAAGCAUGGAGCCAUAACUUUCUCAGACAUUAGGAUACACUCUUACACUUUCCCUUCAGUUGUUGUGUGAGGAAUUGUCAGAGGAGUUCCAUUAUAUCACAACGUGUAGCUGUACAAGCUGUUGAAGCCCCGUCAAGAUGUUUUCAGCACUUAAGAAGCUGGUGGGAUCAGAGCCAGGGCAGCUCAGGGACAAGAAUAUUCCAGCUGGCCUGCAAUCCAUGAACCAAAGUCUGCAAAGACGGUUCGCCAAAGGGGUACAAUAUAAUAUGAAAAUAGUCAUCCGGGGCGAUAGAAACACUGGAAAGAGUACUUUAUGGCAUCGACUGCAGGGCAAGAAGUUCGUGGAGGAGUACCUGCCCACUCAGGAGAUCCAAGCCACAAGUAUCCACUGGAAUUACAAAACUACUGAUGAUGUGGUCAAGGUAGAGGUGUGGGACGUGGUAGACAAAGGCCAAAAAUAUCCUCUUCCUGAAGGUGUAGGCAAAGGCAAAAAGCGUGGAGACAAUUUGAAACUGGAGAAUGAGCCCCAAGAGUCAGAUGAGGUGGCCCUGGAUGCAGAAUUCCUGGAUGUGUACAAGAACUGUAAUGGAGUCAUCAUGAUGUUUGACAUUACCAAGCAGUGGACUUUUAACUACAUCCUGAGGGAACUGCCCAAAGUACCCACCCAUGUGCCAGUGUGUGUGUUGGGAAACCACAGGGACAUGGGCGAGCAUCGCGUCAUCCUUCCUGAUGAUAUAAGAGACCUGAUUGCUGGACUUAACAGACCAAUGGGAUCAUCUUACAUCCACUAUGCUGAAUCCUCAAUGAAGAAUGGGUUUGGCUUGAAAUAUCUGCACAGGUUUUUCAACAUCCCCUUCCUGCAGCUACAGAGAGAGACGCUCCUUAGGCAGCUGGAGACCAACCAGCUAGACAUGGAUGCCACCCUGGAGGAACUCUGCGUCCAGCAGGAGACUGAAGAUCAAAACUAUGAAAUUUUCCUUGAGAACCUGGAGUCUCGCAGUAAGGGCUAUGGCUCUCCUGGUCCAGCCAAUGGUCAGAGUCCCUCCUCAGGCUCCCAGUCCCCCAUUGUCCCUCCCAGUGGAGCCUCAACAGGCAGCUCUAGCCCCAGCACCCCUCAACCCCCUAUUCCCUCCCAGGUGCUCCCACAGUCGCCAUCUGUGUCUGCCUCUUCCCCUCCGCCUCCGCUGGCAGUGGUUAGCGUUGCAGCUGCUUCACCAACUGUUGAGUCAAAGCCAUCAGCCCAGUCGCCUGAACACCUUCAGUCCUCAGCUGCAUCUGGGUCUUUGGCACCGCAGAAACGCAGCUUCAUCUCCCGCUGGUUUGGUUCACCUCCUGCUUCUGAAGCUACCGCUGUUCAAUCAGAGGGCCCAUCUGCACCAGUAUGUCCUGCUAAGGUGCAGAGUGUAGAUGAUUUUGUGCCAGAUGAUGGACUGGAUAAAAGCUUCCUGGAGGACAGCCUGCCCUUGAAGACCAAGGUGCCUCAGCGUGCACCAGCUCCAGCUGUUGACAGUGACAGUGAUGGUGAAGGCAGAGGAAACCCCAUGGUGUCAGGUUUCCAGGAUGAGCUUGAUCCUGAUGACAGUGAGCCCAGCCUUCCCCAGCCUAGGACCCUGUCCCCCAGCAAAGAUAUCACUCUGACCAGUGAUGAGGAAGAGGGGGUACCAGCAGCCCCCACUAUUACACAUGACCAAGACCUGGACAGUGAAGCUGAGCUGAAAGCACCUGUGAUCCACAUCACAAAACCAAAGGUGGCAUCUAAAGCUCCAGAGCCCAGAGGCCAAGCUGGAGCACCCAUCUCCCUCACUUUAACUCCGGCAGCAGAACAGCCAGCCCGACCUCAAGGCAAAAAGAAGGGAAGUACACCCAAAGCUGAGGACUCUGAUACAGACCCCGAGGCUCCUGUAGCCCAGCAGAUGCUCUCGUUUGUCAUGGAUGAUCCCGACUUUGAGUCUGAAGCAUCAGACACACCAAAAAUAGCAAAGGAUGCAUUUCCAGUCAGAGAUGAGCUUCUGUCUGACCUCUCUGAUGAUGACACGCAGUUAGCCAAGGUGCCAGAACCUCUGAAGCCCACUGUGAUCUCCUUCAGACACAAGGAUGAUACCGACCUGUUUGGCCUUGGCAUCCAAGAAGAGGCUCCUGCUCCCAAAGACAGCAGUGAGGAGCAGGAAGAGAGAGAAGGCAAACACUCCUCCAAAGAAAAGAAAAAAAAGAAGAAGAAAAGCAAAGAGGAAGAUGAAAAGAGCAAGAAGAAACACAAACACAAGAAAAAGGAAAAAGAUGAAGCUGCAGUAGUAGAUGAGAAAAAGAAAAAGAAAUCCCGGCCCAAGAAAACAGAAGUGGACGAGUUGGAGGACUUUCUGGGUGGGGGAGCAGGAUCGGUUAAAAGAGAUGAUGGUGAUUAUGAAGAACUAUAAAAGCUCCUGUUUUAUGAGGAAAUGGAGCCACAGAACAGCAGUGAGGUGUGUGGUUAUUCAAAAACCUCCGCAUAAUGCAGCAUCUCCAAGCCAUACGCAAUACACAAGGCUACCGACAACUCCCAGGUCAAAUACCCAAUGACUCUGUACCUGUCAAUUCCUUCUGAUUGAUUUCCCCUAUCUGCACUACUGCUGUCACUUCCAUUCCAAGCUAGGAGAAAUGGCAUGGAGAGCCAUAAGUACUGUAGUGACUCGUGACAUUAAAAUUUGAUGAUCGCUUAGCCACAGAUUGGCUCUUUGUAUUUUGAGAUUAUUGAAUAUGUUUGCUUAAUAUUUCCUUUGAUUUGAUACACUCUGCAAGUGAUCCACUCCAAAUCAGCUCUGUAAAUACGGUUCCCACUUUGUCAGAGUGUUUGUUUGGUUGGUUGGUGUAGUAAUUGAGAGCAUGCUAGAAGUGACGACUGACUCCUAGUGUUCUGUCUUUUCUUUCCUACUUGUUUGCUUAAAUGUUUAAUGGCAGAUUUAGUCUUGUGUCUCUAAUUAUGAACACUGAAGAAAAAUUCAGAGUAAGUAGAUUUAAGAUCUCUGUCCAUCGCCAACAAAGGAAAUAACUUCCCCCAUUUCACACCUGGAAUAUGUCCACACUAAGCUUGUUUUGUCCUUCAUCCACACCAGGCAUGCAUUUAUCUUUCCUGAAAUCAGAUCUUUUCAGUAAUGGUCUGAAGAAGUUGUAAGCCUUAAAAUCCUGGCUGUGCAUUUCAGGUUUGAUCAGAAAAAAAAAUAGCAUUUGGAAAUCAGCAAAGUGAUAUACACAUGGCUGUAUGGCAGCCAAGUCAGCUCUGUGUUCACUCAUUUUAAUGCUGAUACAGCUGAUCAUACAAUGCAGGGCUCCUAGUUAACCUGUAUGAAUGUAGAUUUUGUCAGACAGAGGACAUAACGGAGUUAUUAACAGCUGAGACUCGGCAGAGUAACCGGGCUGUGUCUAUCUCACCAAGUGUGGGCUGUAUGGCUCAGAUGAUUGUUUGUAAUCAGAGAAUAAAGAAGGUGAGAACUUUGAUAAGAUGAGAACAUAUCAUGGCGUCAGGAGUGAAAAUUAGCAUUGGGCCUGACAGUUGCACUUUUUAUUCUCCACUGUGUAGUGGGGAAUAAAAAGUCUGAGACACCUCAAUGCACUUCGAAAAAUAUGAUUUGUUUUCUUGUUUUAGCUACUUCUAUGAUGUGUCCCAUGAUUUUUACCCACAGUGCACUCUUCAUACACAGUUGUAACCUUAGCGGGGGGAAAAGACUUCUGUGAACUGACCAUGACUUGUUCCUAAUUGUGUGUCAGGUGGAACAGUGAGUCUUAUCUGUACAUAAUGUUGUCCUUUUGCAAAGUCCCAGUAAGAAUGUAUGCCUAAUGUGACAGUGACCCUUUUGAGAGACAAAAAUAGUGUGGAAUCUGAACCCAGCAUUAGUCAUUCUCCUGGUUUUUCAGUGUUCUGAUACUGAUAUGGAUGUUUUUUUUUUCUUCACAGCAUUGCAAUCAUUAACCGGCUUAGUAUGGACAUUCUGAAACUGACAAAACCACCAAAGCCACUCUGACAGUGAACAAGUCAUCACUGAUGAUAAUAUAAUUUCAUCUGCAGGUCAAAAUAGCCUGUACGAGUUACUUCCCUACCCUAUAAAUUUAACGUAGCAAUUAAUUUACCAGCCACCUUCUCUGCUUCAAGUUUUCUGCAGUUGCCUUAAUGGAGGUCACUAUAAGGGAAUGAUGUGCCGCUACCCUCGUGAACCAUUUUAAGUGUUCUUACUGUUAAGUGUUAGGUAGCUUGGUUGGGUUAAGGUUGUUGUCGAAGCCUUUUUUUUUGGGGGGGGGGUCAAACGGAAUCCAACCAUCCUUGAAGCCUGUUCUAAGAUUGCAGUGAAUCAGUACAUUUGUUUGUCUUUUGUUUUUGUUCGACUCUCAUCAGACAGAAAAACACCAUCCAUACAAAGAAAUAUUAUGGACUUCUCAUAUAUUUCUCUGUAAGUAACAUUUCCAAGAUUUUCUCAUUGUUUUAUCCUCGUGUUAUUUAUUGCUUCUAUUUUGUUUUGUUGCAAAAUGUCAGGGUUUUGUUUGUGUGAUUUAUGCCGAAAUUGUCCUCAAUGGUCAAACAUGAUGAGGCUUUUAAUGGGCUACAGGUGUUGACAUUUCCUAACCUUCUCCUGUAAUACAUUCAAGGUUUACUUCCACUGUUUUUUAAGGAAAUAUAACCAGUAAACUUUUCACGUUAUUUUUUUUUGUUGUUGAAUGCCUCAAAUUGUCUGCUCAUGAUAGAGAUGAAGUGCAGUAUCUUCCAUAUCUUCCAUCACCAAAUAAGUGAAGCACUCUUGCAUCACAAGAGAAAUGAUGUGUAUUUUUAGACAACAGACAGGUUUCAUACGGUUUCCAACUACCAUACACAUAUGGUUACACGCUGUUGGUUUACAAAGAAAUUAUGUUUGAUAUUCCAAAGUUGAAACUAUGCAGCAUUGAUCCUGAAUACUGUAUGCUCUUUUUUGUCUUUGUCAUGUGAUUGAGGAUAAAUGCUGAUAGAACACUUUCAAGCAAAGCAUGAUACUUCAGUGUACAGCAGGAAAAGAAUGUAUAAAGUAUAAAAAUAAAUCUAUAUAUUUGAAGGGCUUUGUUCCAGAAACGAUAUUAUACCAUGUGGAAACAAUGUCACUGAAAUCCUAUGAAAUAACAUUGACAGGAAAUAUCUGAUAUGGGAAAUAAUCUAAAGUAGUAACAUUUCUGAGAGUAGAUAUGCACACAAAAAUACUGUCUUUCAGAUAUGUUUUCCAAAUGGAUGUAUGGAAUUUUGGAAUGAAACCCUUCAUUUAUUUUUCACCCCAUGACAUGUUCCAUCUUUACACUAUGUGUGAGUUUGCCUAUGUUUGGUUUGUCCAAUAAAUGCAAACUUAUUUCUUCAGA